AUGGAUGAUCGGAACCAGACAAAGGACAACAGCUUCAUAUAUAUACCUUCCAGGAGACAGACAGACAAAGUUCAGUGCUAUGAACCCGCAACGAUGAAGUACCUUGGCUACUUCCCAGCACUGGAACCUGAUGAGGUUAAGGAGCGAGUAGCACAUGCGAGGAAAGCCCAAAAAAUAUGGGCAAAGAGUAGUUUCAAGCAAAGGCGUCAGUUCCUACGGAUACUUCUGAAAUACAUUAUUGAACAUCAGGAGCUUAUUUGCGAAAUUUCCUCUCGGGACACUGGAAAGACAAUGGUAGAUGCUUCCUUGGGAGAGAUAAUGACAACCUGUGAGAAAAUCACUUGGCUUCUUUCAGAGGGUGAAAAAUGGUUAAAGCCUGAAUACAGGUCUUGUGGACGAUCAAUGCUUCAUAAGAGAGCCAAGGUGGAGUUUUAUCCUCUUGGUGUAAUUGGUGCUAUUGUCUCAUGGAAUUAUCCAUUUCACAAUAUAUUCAACCCAAUGCUGGCAGCAGUAUUCUCCGGAAACAGCAUUGUGAUAAAGGUCUCAGAACAUGCUAGCUGGUCUGGAUGUUUCUAUAUGAGAAUUAUCCAGACAGCUCUUGCUGCUGUGGGAGCUCCCGAAAACCUAGUCGAAGUCAUAACUGGGUUUGCUGAAACAGGGGAAGCUCUAGUAUCUGCUGUGGACAAAAUGAUAUUUGUUGGGUCACCUGGUGUGGGUAGAAUGAUAAUGAGGAAGGCUGCAGAUACUUUAAUCCCAGUGACACUUGAGCUUGGUGGAAAAGAUGCAUUUAUUGUAUGCGAAGAUGUGGAUGUGCAUCAUGUGGCUCAAGUUGCUGCUAGAGCUGCUCUCCAAUCAAGCGGGCAAAAUUGUGCCGGUGCUGAGAGAUUUUAUGUUCACAAGGAUAUUUAUUCUUCAUUUGUUGCAGAAGUUGUCAAGAUUGUGAAAACUGUUACUGCUGGGCCUCCACUGGCUGGAAAGUAUGACAUGGGAGCAAUAUGCAUGAUGGAGCACUCUGAAAAGCUUCAAAAUCUUGUAAAUGAUGCGCUAGAGAAAGGUGCUGAAAUUGUUGGCCGAGGAAGUGUUGGCAACAUUGGUGAAGGAGCUGUUGAUCAAUAUUUCCCACCAACGGUGAUUGUAAAUGUGAAUCACUCUAUGAAGUUGAUGCAGGAGGAGGCAUUUGGACCAAUUUUGCCCAUAAUGAAAUUCAGCACUGAUGAAGAGGCUGUUAAGUUGGCUAAUGAUUCAAAAUAUGGCCUUGGAUGUGCUGUGUUUUCUGGCAACCCUAACCGUGCCAAGCGAAUUGCCUCACAGUUGCAUUGUGGAAUGGCUGCCAUAAACGAUUUUGCUUCAAAUUACAUGUGUCAGUCUUUACCAUUUGGCGGGGUGAAAGACAGUGGAUUUGGAAGAUUUGCUGGGAUAGAAGGUUUACGAGCUUGCUGCCUUGUAAAAGCAGUUGUGGAGGAUCGAUUGCCUUUCAUCAAAACUAAGAUACCAAAGCCAAUUCAGUAUCCUAUUGCGGAAAAUGGUUUUGAAUUUCAAAUUUCCCUGGUCGAAACUCUCUAUGGCUUGAAUGUGUGGGAUCGGCUAAAGGCCUUGGGAAACGUUAUCAAGAUUGUUACGGAGCAGAACCAGCCCACUAUAAACAAGAAGAGAUGA